AUGGGAGGCCUGAAUCGAUACCAACAAGCCAGUUUGCAAGGCCAGAGCAAUGAACGCGGCGGUGACACAUCGAAAAUUUUACUUGAAAUGCUUCCAGUUGAUCUGAUUAAAAAGGCGAACAGACGGCCGCGGAUGCUGGAAGUCGGAUCACUGAGUACCCGGAAUGCUUGUUCCAAUAGCCGUCUCUUCGACAUGGUUCAUAUAGAUCUGAAUAGCCAGGAGCCGGGAAUCCUCAAGCAGGACUUUAUGACGCGACCACUGCCAGAGGAGUCGGCUGAAGAAUUCGACAUAAUAUCGCUGAGUUUAGUGCUUAAUUUUGUCCCCGAAGCGGAAGGGCGUGGACAAAUGCUUUUUCGAACGUUGUUGUUCUUACGACAGCCCGCUGAUACAGUGCAGAAACCGAACGACGACCCCUUUCCAUCAUUAUUUCUUGUCCUUCCACGGAGCUGUGUUGAUAACUCUCGCUAUUUCUCAGAUGAAAAGCUUGGUUCGCUGAUGGGGGCUUUGGGGUACACCAUGAGACGUUCCAAAAAGACUCAAAAGCUGGUCUAUAGCUUAUGGGCCAGGGACCAUAUGACGGCCGGCGAAAUUCGCUUCACCAAGCAAGAAGUGAAUCCUGGACGAAAAAGGAACAAUUUUGCCAUCACUUUGAAGAGCCUACCUCUCGGUUCCUGUAUUAAGUAA